AUGGAGGCACUAGCUACUGUGGAGGACAUUCGUGCGGACGCAGGCACAGAGGCGACUGAGGAUCAGCACCAGGGAUUUCCGAGUGGUCCGAGCGACCCAUCCGUGUUGACAGCAUAUGCGGAUCACGUUGCUUGCAGCGUAUGGACGGGAGAGGAGCGUCCUGAAUUGAAGCUAUCCUCUCAUGGGAGGAAGGUCCACAGUUUAGGCAGGCCUGUCCCUGCCAUUGAGGGACUUAUUGCUGGUAUAGGACGAAGUCCUCUGAUCGCGUGUUCGGUAGACAUCGGCGAUCGGGGACUUUUAUCCACGUUUGUGGAGCGGUGGCACCGGGAGACGUCUAGUUUCCAUCUCCCAGUGGGAGAGCUCACCAUCACAUUGGACGACGUCUCCUCUCUUCUCCAUUUUCCCGUUAUAGGCGACUUACACGCAUUUGAGCCCUUGCACGUGGACGAUGCGAUUCAGAUGCUGGUGGACUUGUUGAUGGUGUCUCCAGAGUCUGCUAGGGCUGAGAUAGUCCAGUGUCGCGGAUUGUAUGUACGCCUGCAAUGGAUACGUGAUAUAUAUCAGCGCCGAUGCCAGGUAGGUCAUUGGACAGCUGCUGCUCGCGCAUAUCUUCUUCACCUACUGGGUUGCACUCUGUUUGCUAAUAAGAGUGCAACCAAUGUCAAUGUUGUCUACUUGGAGGCCCUUCGUGACCUCUGUAUGAUAGAGAGGUACGCUUGGGGAGUGGCUGCUUUGGUUCAUAUGUACGACCAGCUGAACGAUGCAUCUAUGAGCCACAGUCGACAGCUUGGCAGUUACAUCACACUACUGCAGUGCUGGAUUUACGAGCGUUUUCCCUCGGUUGCGGAGUCCACCGCUGAUCAGGACUUCGACGAGGCUUCUCCACAUGCGUGCAGGUGGAUUAUUGAGACGAAGAAGACUGUGAAGAGCAUUCGCACGCUGUCGUACAGGGAGCGCCUGGACCCACUCCGGAUUCCGGAUGAAGUUUGUGAUGACAUUGCUGAGAGGUUGGAGCGUCAUCUGAGUCUAGGGGUGGUCACGCCUGGCUCAUCGACACAUGAGGUGAUCGAAGAAUGCCUCAGAUUGGCCAAGAGUGUGACACAGGACCAUCUAGUAUACGUUAGGUGUAGACGCAGGCGACACACUGAUCAGGCGUAG